AUGUCAAUACACAGUUUAACAAAUAUAUUUUAUUCAAAAGUCUUUAAUAAUAUAGUUAUUAGAAAUGAGAUAUUCAAUCAAGUUUAUUCAAUUAAUAAGAUGUUGUCAGAGUAUAAAAAAUCUUAUUAUCCAAUAAAAGUCUUUAGAUAUAAUCAAUUGUUAGAAUCACCAAAUGCUUUGAUUGGUAAUGACUAUCUUGAUUUAUUCAUUCAGUACUUAAAUGUUCAUGACUUUGAUAAAAAUAAGAUUCCAUAUUACUUCAUGUGGUCAGUCGAAUUUGGAAAUCUUAGAAUACUACAAUAUCUUUAUGCUUUGGUUUUAGAGAGAAACGAUGAAGCAAUCAUAAAGAUAAUGAAAACAACUAACCUGAUGGGUUCAGCCGCUUUCAAAUGCAACGUCAAUAUGUUGGAAUGGAUGAAACAGAACAAUACUUUGGAGAUAUUCAAAUGUUCACCAAAUGAUUAUGUAUUUUUGCCGUCUCAACAAAAUGGUUUAAAUACAAUGAAAUGGCUUCACAAUAAUCUUCAUCUGGAACUAGAUGAAAGCCAUGUGGAAGUUGCUGCUGGUUCUGGAAACCUCGAGACAAUGAUAUGGGUACUUGAGAACUACAAAGGGUUCCCAAUAGACUGGGCAAAGGUGGCCUUGUGUGUUGCAAGAAAUGAGCAUCUACAUAUACUUGAAUGGAUCAACGAACAUCAUCGACCUUCCGACCACCAAUUGUCUGCUCUAGAUGGUUUAGUUUAUAACCUCUGUACGAAGAAACAUUGUGGAGCAAUCGAUUGGAUUCAUAAGAAUUGGAAAGCUGUCAACUUCAAUCAUAACUAUGAUCAAGUUGCAAUGUCGGGAUCACUAGAAUUAAUACGUUGGAUACAUGAAAAUCUGUCAGAAACAAACACAGAACCUGUAUUCACAGUGAAAGCUAUGAACAAUGCAGCUCGUUUCAAUAGUUUGGAGGUUGUAGAGUUCCUCCAUUACAAUCGUACUGAAGGAUGUAAUGGUUUAGCAAUACACUAUGCAGCAAUCAAUGGAAGAAAAGACAUAGUCGAGUUUCUCUUGUCAAAAGGAUACGAGAGUGAUAUGUUGGCCACCACCAUUGAGGAAACUGAAAGAAAAGGUUAUCCAGAGAUUGUUACUUUAAUAAACGAGCAUCUUUCGAAAAAAUAA